UAUUAUCAAAAUAAUAAAUAAACUUUGAAAAUGGAAGCUAUUGAAGUAAUUUUAAUUACAUUAAUAUUGUUGGAAGCCAUGGAGUGCUUCAAACGUUUGUAUGGCAAUCGGAGAUGGUGGGUACGACCAGAUCUACGAGAUCGUGAAGCAAAUGGUUUCUUUGCCACGCACUUUUCCUUCCCACAGGAGUUUAAAAAUACUGUUAGGAUGGAGAAGAAAGUAUUCGACCUGCUCCUUAAUUUGAUCCGAGAAAAACUUACUAAAAACUCGAAUCGACCGUCUAUUUCUCCCGAAUGCCGGCUUUAUUUGGCCCUGUGUUAUUUGGCUCAUGGUGGAGGUAAGCCUUUUUACGCCUCUUCAUUCAAGGUCGGACUCUCCUCAAUGAAGGAAAUAGUUGGAGAAACGUGCGACGCACUGUGGGAAGUGCUUGGUCCCGUGUAUGUCUCAUUACCACAGAAUGAUGAGUGGAAACGAAUCGCCAUUGAUUUUUAUACAAUGUGGGAUUUGCCGAACUGCGUCGGGGCAAUUGACGGCAAACAUAUAAACGUAUUUUGUCCGUCAAACUCUGGCUCUCUCUUCUACAACUACAAGGGAAAUUAUUCCAUAGUUUUACUUGCAGUAUGCGACGCCAAUUAUACAUUUACUGGAAUCGAUAUUGGCGCUUACGGUUCCCAAAGCGAUGGCGGUGUCCUAUGGAAUUCGGGCUUCGGCAAAAACCUUUACUCUGGAUCUGCCUGAAAAUGAUGUUCUACCAGGUACAAACAAUUGUUUUCCCCAUUACUUUGUUGGCGAUAAUGCGUUUCCGUUGAAACCAUUUUUGAUGAGACCGUUUCCAGGUUUGUAAGAAGUGAUUAUAUUUUUGUCUUUCGCUGUUAACACGUUUAUUUCUUUUAGGAACAAACUUACCACCAGCAAGGCAAAUUUUUAACCAACGAUUGUCCCGGGCUCGUUGGGUCAUCGAAAACGAGUUUGGAAUUUUGGCGUGCCGGUGAAGAAUAUUAUUAAGUCCACUAUAAAUGAGCCCCGCUUCUACCGAGAAGAUAGUGAAGGCCACUGUCGUGUUGCACAACUAUGUAAAAAUGCCCGAUGGUAGCUAUUGUCCCCCUGAAGCAAUUGAUCAAGAAAUCAAUGGCGAAGUGAGAAGGGGCUUAUGGCGAAAUGAAAUUCCUGCCCCCUUACAGAAUGCUAGGCGCAUGGGCUCAAACAACGCUUCCCACAAUGCUUUUAAAUUGAGGGAUGAAUUAAAAGAUUAUUUAGUAUCUCACCCCCGAAUAACCCAGUAAAGAAGAGUACAUGCAAGUACAUGUAGUGCAAAUAAUUAAAAUAAAUAAUUACUUUUAAUUCUAUAAUUCUGAAAGAUAUUUUAAUUCUCUAUUUUUGAUAUUAACUAAUUCAAAAGGUGAAGUAAUAACGAAGUUAUUAGUCAAACUAAAAAGUUCACGUUCACGCUCGCAAUGAGCUGUAUAGCGGGCUUAAAAAUAUUAACUAUCAUACAGUGGCCGGAAAUAUUAUGGCCGCACCACGUAUUGACAAGUUUUCACAUUUUUGUUACUUAAUUUUA